GCUUCGCUCUGCUUUGAACUUCACUCGCUGCUGCAACCAAACUUGAGAAGCCACACUGAAUCAAAAAUGGAGAACGCGGGCGUGUUGAUGACGUGUCCAAUGUCAUCCUAUCUCGAAGCGCAACUCCAGAAGCGGUUCAAGCUCUUCCGAUUCUGGGACGCUCCUUCCAACUCCGAUUUCCUGAAGCACAACUCCGGGUCAAUCCGAGCCGUAGUCGGAAACGCCUCGUGCGGGGCUGAUUCAUGGCUCAUCGAUUCCCUGCCCAACCUGGAAAUCGUCUCCACCUACAGCGUGGGGUUCGAUAAGAUUGACUUGCCUAAAUGCAGAGAGCGGGGAAUUAGAGUUACCAACACUCCCGAUGUGCUCACUGACGAAGUCGCCGAUACGGCAAUCGCACUGGUCUUGGCUACGUUGAGGAGAAUAUGCGUGGCUGAUAGCUUCGUAAGAAGUCGGUUGUGGAGGAAUGGCGAUUUUGAGCUCGCUACUAAGUUCAGCGGUAAAUCAGUUGGCAUACUUGGAUUAGGCAGAAUUGGUACAGCAAUAGCUAAGAGAGCUGAAGCAUUUGGCUGCAGAAUUAGCUACACCGCCAGGUCGAAGAAGCCGAAUAACAACUACAAAUACUACUCGAAUGUUGUAGAUUUGGCUGCCAAUUGCCAAAUCCUUGUUGUUGCUUGUUCGUUGACAGAAGAAACCCGGCACAUUGUCAAUCGUCAGGUGAUUGAUGCGUUAGGUCCCAACGGCGUUCUCAUCAAUAUAGGGCGAGGCGCUCAUGUAGAUGAACCUGAACUUGUGUCUGCUUUACUUGAAGGCCGGUUAGGUGGGGCUGGGCUUGAUGUUUUCGAGAAUGAGCCUGGCGUGCCUGAACAGUUUCUUGGGCUAAAGAACGUUGUUCUUCUGCCUCACGUUGGAAGCGACACUGUUGAAACUUGCAGAGCCAUGGCUGAUCUUGUCAUUGCAAAUCUGGAGGCUCAUUUUCUUAACAAACCAUUACUCACUCCUGUGGUUUGAGCAUAAGUUCAGACCUCUUCAGAUUUCUCUAAUGUGCUAUUCUCUUACUUGGUGUUAGGAUCAAACGCUUACCAAAAGCUAUAGCUAGUAGCGAAGGCACAACUUUUUUCCUUAUACCGCCACCAGAUUUUCGAGAGCCAGACGCUAGACUUGACCCUUUACUGGUCUCGCCUAACAAUUCCUCAAGCCACAUGGUGCUGGAGUUGGCCUUUUAGUGGCCUCCGCCCAAUAGUUGCUACAUAAAAAUCUCACCUCUUUCUUUACAAUAGAGCACUGGAGGCUUGAAUUCCUGAAAUUAGGUCUUGCGAGUCUGCAUUUGACUAAAUGCCUACUGAUAUUAGCAUAUGCAAUCAAUUCAUCUGCAGUAUAGUUUUUGUCAUGCCUCCAUAAUUGCUGAAGCAAGGUAUCAGAUUAGAUGAGUACCAAUAAUACAGUGGAGAAAGUGGAGCAGACAACAUAAAUAUAGGAUAUGAGGUGCUUAAUGUCCUUUGAUAUUGUAUUCUUCAAUUGAUCUAUUUGUCUUAAGCAUGGGUUUCCAGAUUAUAUUGAGAUAUACUCCGUCCGUCUCAUUUUAUGUGUAUAGUUCGAUU